AUGUACUUAACACACUUUUCUGUUUCCUGCUUAUCUUUCGUUUACUGCGACAAAAACAACUGUGGGAACAACAACACAGUAACUGUAUAUAUAGAGAAUCAGCUGUAUCUUUGCAGGAAACCGUCUCUUAGUGCUGUCGGACUUGCUGCUUUGAUGUGGUCUGUCAUUCGUAAACUUCAGGGGGUUCCGCUGGACGAUGACAGUGACACCUCCGCUGAAUCCCGCAUUGAGCGUAAUCAGCAAAGUAUUAUGAUGCACGAAAUGAAGCCCCACCCGCGGCCUCUUGAUCCUGACAUAUUCACCCGAGCGUAUGGUCUCCUAGAGUACGAAAAGACACGAACGUGGAUGCUAAGCGAAGAGUUUAACAAGCGGGUUCAGGCCAUUGAUCACCUGAUUGAGUUGUACACGCAGCAGCGAGAGAAUGCGGUUCGUAGCCUCCGAUACGGAUUUCUAGAGCUGUUGUUAUCCACUCUUCACAAUGAUGAGGAGGAAACGAUGCGGUGCAAAGCGGCUGAGGCCCUUGCAAUGCUUCUGAUGGAGCCCUUGGCUGUGGACAUGCUUCUCGCUAUGGACGAUGAAAAGUUCACACUCCGCGAGUUGCUUGCCACAUUGAGCGAUCCCUCUCACGAGGUCGUGAUCUUGUCGUUGCGACUUAUUUUACCGUGUCGUAUGGCCUUUAACUCCUAUGAGGCGAUUGCCCGCCUUGUCAAGUACAACUUCAUAGAACGUGGCAUCGCACUACUGAGGCACCCGGAAGAUCGAGUGGUAGCAACCGCGUGCACUGCUCUUGUGACAAUUUUCUCUGUAAAGGAGGCUUUCAUACCGUUCAUUCGGCUGGGCGGUAUGUCCGAGUUAACUGUGGCUCUCCAUCGGGAUGACCCAUUUGUUAUUUCAGAGGCGGCCGACGUCGUGACGCACGCUGCAAGUUAUCGCAUGGGCAAAAAGGCUGCGGUGGACUGCCGCACACUUGUAGCUUUGAUGCCGCACAUGCUUCACCAGAAUUUGCGUGUCCGCACUGCCGUCACCGGCGCUGUGGCGCAGCUGACAAUAUACGAACCUGGAAAGUAUCAGGCUGUGGAUGAAGGGCUUCCUCCUCUUUUACUGGCUUUACUGAUGGAGGAGGAGGAGCGGGAUGUGCUUGUUAAUGUCGUAAAGGGAAUUAUUAAUGUAGCCGAGCACCCGGUGGGGAGGAAGCGACUCCUGGGUGCUAAAGAGCGGCUACAGUCCCUUUCUUCCGUGGCUGAUGACUACCAGCCACUAACAUCUUCGAUCUGCGAGGCCCUUAGCCAGCUGGAACGAAAGUGUUAA